AUGCGCCGGCGUAAUGGGUUUUUGUCGUCGUGCGAGCCGUGUCGCCGAUCGAAGCUCCGCUGUGACCACCAGGUGCCCAUAUGUGGACGGUGUCGGCGCACACGCAAAGCGGACACUUGCGUGUAUAGGCCAAAUUUAACAACAACUGCACCGUCGGCAACCAAAAGUACUAAUACAGGGACGUCUCCAACAUCCGAAUCCCUGCCCUUAACACAGAUAUCAGUGCCGCAGGCACGGUCGGAACCACAACCAAUUGCAAGCUCGCCACACACCUUACGAGACCGCUAUAUUGACGUCUGGAGUCACCGACUAGCCUUGAGCUCGACUCCGAGCUUUCUAGGGGUGACGAGCUUUUCAGCAGUCUACAGUGAGAAUGAGGCUAGUCUGAAGGAAAACGAGUCAACCACGCCGCUACGGCUGCCCCAACUCAAUCCGCCCGGCGUACAGAAGUCCAUCUCUGCAGUCGACCCCUACCAAGUACAGCUCGGCGCAGAACUGCUGUCACUAAUUUUUGAUGAUUUUGCAUUAUUCCGCCGGACUGCGAUCGCCUGCGAAGAACGAAGUAGCAAAGGCCUGAUGGACCUGCCGACUAUGUGUACCAUCUGCAAUGUCAUCGAGGAGAUGUACAAUAGCAUCUCAAAUGACUCGGAUCAACCAUCACGGCUGCUAGUGCUUUCUCGGCGCUUGUUUGAGGGAACAGCCGGCGAGCUCGUCACGAACGUGGAUAUGACCCUCGACGAGUAUCUCGUUGCUCUUGCGGGGCGCUGGGAAGCUUUCGGUUUUCUUCUCACACUUUCAGGAAUCUGCGCCGCCCACACAACAGUCGACGACCCGCCCUUCCGCGGCUUGGGCUUCUCUGCUACCGAUCACAAAAAUCUCGGAAUUCUUGCCACUGCUGGCGGUGACUUAUGUCUGCAAUUCUGCGAGAGUAUGGGCGUGAUGAGCGACCCCCUGGGAUGGCUAUUUUUGCGACACAUCCAUCUGCUGACCUUGGUGUGUGGUGAUCACGACUAUCGGCCACGCAAACGUCUUGGGGAGCUUUCAACGCUCCUUUUCGCCAUGGGCUAUCAUCAGCUCGACGAUGGCGAGCAUCUACCUUUCUUCCUCGCCGAAGGACGCAAACGACUUAUGGUGCUUGCCUAUUCCUCCGACAAAGACUUGGCUACUUUUCUUGGCUGUCCGCCUCUAAUAGCUUAUCGAUUCUGUCGCAUUCAGCUUCCCCUGGACCUCACACCGGCCGAAAUAUGUGCCAACCAAGUCAUGCGGGAGGCUGCGAUCGGUAAACUGGAUGCCAAAGGUUGGAAUACUGUAGAACCCAUCAAAGGGGUUACUUGGAGCCGGGUGGCCUUGCUGCUGGGUCACGUCCGCGAGCUUGUGCUGGGAAUCUCGCUUGAUCGCGAAGAUGUUGACGUCCAGCAAAGAGCUGAUAACGUAUCUUCACUGUCGCAACAGGUGCGCGAUGAUUUACCAAUCUACCUACAGUGGGAUGGGAGCACCGAAAGUACACUGCGUCUGAGGAGUACCAUUCCCGUCUACAUUCAUCUCGACUUACUGCACAGCAAUUUUCUUCUGCAGCGGAUUCUGGUAAAGCGCUCCUUGACCGAGUCCGAAACUCUCGUCAGCCUUGCGCACCAGAUUCUCCAGGCAAUGCUUGCUUUGAUAGCCAUCCCCUAUUUUGGUCUCCCCUCGGCCGGAAUUCUCGCCAUCGAAGUCCUGCGCCAGAAGCAGAAUGCCCGCCCUUGGCCGAGCGAGAGGCGCUUUACCCGCUCAGAAGUAAUACAGAACCUCGGUAAUCUCGCAUCGCACAUACAAUACAUCACUCUGCCACAGAAGGGCAAUUACGAGAUCUGUCAACAAGGACGGAAAGUCAUCUUGCACAUUUUAGACUACGUGCUUACCACGCCACUCGAUGCCAGUACAUCGAUUCCUACAAUGUCGAACGAUCUGAUUCCUUCAGACUGGCUUGAUGAGGAGUUAUUAAAUGAUGGGACACAAUUCCUUGGAUGGAUUGAUGGGAUCAAUUGGAAUGAGUAA